AUGAAGACCUCUCUGUCUCAGACUCUGUGUCCAGAGUGUGAUGAAGACCUCUCUGUCUCAGACUCUGUGCGGCUGGUUGGAGGCUCUGGUCUCUGCUCUGGAUCACUGCAGAUCUGGGACCGGUCCUGGAUCUCGGUCUGUGAAGGGGCCUUGGACCUGCGGGGAGCAGAGGUGCUGUGCAGGGAGCUGGGCUGCGAUGCUUCUUCUGUCCUCCAGGGGGAGCUCUCUCCUCUGGGGCAGACGUUCCACUGUGAGGGCCAUGAGUCUUCUCUGAUGGACUGUCCCCGCUCCAGACCCAAGACCUGUCCCUCUGGACCCAGUGAGGACGCCAUCUGCUCAGAGCCGCUCAGGCUGGUGGGAGGGGCCAGUCGCUGCGCCGGGACAGUGGAGCUCAGACACAGAGGAGAGUGGAGACGAGUGGUGAAGAGAGGAGGAGACUGGACCGAGGAGGACUCAGCUGCUGUGUGCAGAGACCUGGACUGUGGGUCUGCUGUUUCUGGACGUCAGAGAGGUGGUUUUCCAGUCAGUCUUGUGUGGAUGAUCUCAUCUGACUGCAUGAAGAGGAGGAAGACUAAAGUGAGAGAAUGUGUUUAUGACGACACUUACUCCUCCUACUCCUCGUCUGGUGCGGAGGUGAUGUGUUCAGACUUACUGAACCGUCCAGUCCUGUCCCUCUCUGUGACUGUGGGGGCCUCCCAGGUCCAGGACUCCCAGGUCCAGGACUCCCAGGUCCAGGUCUCCCAGGUCCAGGACUCCCAGGACUCCCAGGUCCAGGACUCCCAGGUCCAGGACUCCCAGGUCCAGGACUCCCAGGUCGGGGUGCAGGUGGUGCGUGUGCAGUUGGGGUCUCAGUUCUCGGUCCAGUGCUCGGUGAAGCCUCAGUUCCCAGGAGGCUCCUUCCAGCUGCUCUCUCCCUCUGGGAACCACACCCUGCCUGCUGUCAAUCACUCUGCACACUUCCUGUUCAAUCACACUGGCCCCGCCCACAAAGGAGACUACACCUGUGUUUACCACCUACAGGUGUUCAACCACAGCUUCACCUCCAAGAGCGAGAGACUGGAGCUGAGGCUGGGAGUUUUAACGUCUGACCUGAUCAUCAGAUUCCUGAUUAUUCUACUGAUAAUCCUCCUGUUCACCCUGCCACAGUGCUACUGUUACUACAAGGUUAAGUCCAGAAGAGGCGCUAGUGAGACACAUGAGACCAUGAUCCUGAUGAAUGAGGUCAUCACAGAAGAGGAGAGAGGAGGAGACGGACCAGGAGAGGAGAGAGGAGGAGACGGACCAGGAGAGGAGAGAGGAGGAGACGGACCAGGAGAGGAGAUAGGAGGAGACGGACCAGAAGAGGAGAGAGGAGGAGACGGACCAGAAGAGGAGAGAGGAGGAGACGGACCAGGAGAGGAGAGAGGAGGAGACGGACCAGAAGAGGAGAGAGGAGGAGACGGACCAGGAGAGGAGAGAGGAGGAGACGGACCAGGAGAGGAGAUAGGAGGAGAGGGACCAGAAGAGGAGAGAGGAGGAGACGGACCAGGAGAGGAGAGAGGAGGAGACGGACCAGGAGAGGAGAGAGGAGGAGACGGACCAGAAGAGGAGAGAGGGAGGAGACGGACCAGGAGAGGAGAGAGGAGGAGACGGACCAGGAGAGGAGAUAGGAGGAGAGGGACCAGAAGAGGAGAGAGGAGGAGACGGACCAGAAGAGGAAAGAGGAGGAGACGGACCAGGAGAGGAGAGAGGAGGAGACGGACCAGGAGAGGAGAUAGGAGGAGACGGACCAGAAGAGGAGAGAGGAGGAGACGGACCAGAAGAGGAGAGAGGAGGAGACGGACCAGGAGAGGAGAGAGGAGGAGACGGACCAGAAGAGGAGAGAGGAGGAGACGGACCAGGAGAGGAGAGAGGAGGAGACGGACCAGGAGAGGAGAUAGGAGGAGAGGGACCAGAAGAGGAGAGAGGAGGAGACGGACCAGAAGAGGAAAGAGGAGGAGACGGACCAGGAGAGGAGAGAGGAGGAGACGGACCAGGAGAGGAGAUAGGAGGAGACGGACCAGAAGAGGAGAGAGGAGGAGACGGACCAGAAGAGGAGAGAGGAGGGAGCGGACGGACCAGGAGAGGAGAGAGGAGGAGACGGACCAGAAGAGGAGAGAGGAGGAGACGGACCAGGAGAGGAGAGAGGAGGAGACGGACCAGGAGAGGAGAUAG